CCUCUUGUCUGGACUCUGGAUUCUCCACCGACUCGUGAGUGUGCGCAGUGCGGAGAACUACCCCGUCCACUCGAGACUCCAGAGCCUGCCAGAGGUGUGAGUGGAUGACGAGAAGAAGCGGCGUGAAUCUCCAUUUCCCUGGCCCAUUCUUGCGCGCGAACGAAUCUGAAUCCGACGAGUUUAGCCCAUGAGCUGUUCUUCAAGUACCGGUUAGUGUUGGUCGAGCUUUCGUCACAUUAGCAUCACGUAAAGAGGAAGUCAAAGUUUGACAUUGAUUAGAAAUCGACGGUGCAAGUGAUGCGAAAAAGUGGAAAAAGUGGAAACCACGGUGAGAAGUGUCUUUGGCCGGUGUGUUGAACGGUUGCCCGUGUCAAUCAGUCAAUCAGUCAAUUAGUCAUUGUGGAGCUUGGCUUUUGAUCUGCGAGACAAUGACGGUGGACCAGUGGCUCAUCAAGUUCCACCUCAUCCUCCUAGUGUGGGGCUGCUGGAUGGGCCAAGUGAUGACAGCCAACUUGGCGUGUCAGAAUGUACCCACAGAAUUUGCCCAAAGAGGGAUUGCUUUCACCGAUUAUCCUCCACAUCCGCUCAAAGGUACGGAUCUGGAGGUGUGUCCCCGAGGUGCCACGUGUUGUUCUCGAGAUAUGGAAUCCCGUCUGGGCGAUUGGGCCAUUCACCAAUACCGCGAGACCGUGUCCAAGCGAACUCAAAUCAUGGCCAAUCCUUUCCAAUUGAAAGCCAAACGGGUAGAUGAUACGAUCCAGGAGUUGAUCUCGAACUCGCAGGGCCAACUCCAUAACAUCUUCACUCGAACGUACGGGGUUCUCUACGAGAGAAAUGCUAUGCUUUUCCGCAAGUACUUCAGACAACUCAAGACUUAUUACCAGAGGGGGAACAUAAAUCUUCAAGAAGCAACUUCCAGAUUUUUCACCACGCUCUACCAAAAGAUGUUCCAGGUCAUGAAUUCCCAAUACCGCUUCGACGAUGCCUACUUGAAUUGUGUGGCCAGUCACAUGGAAGAACAAAGGCCCUUCGGAGACAUCCCCAAGAAGGUGGCCAAUUCGGUGAAAAAGUCCCUGGUGGCCUCCAGGGCCUUAUCCAAGGCCCUCAAGAGUGGGUUUCAAAUUGCUGAGGAGAUGAGACAAGCGAAGCCAACCACCGAAUGCCUCAAUGCCGUCCAAAGAUUGAAUUCCUGCUCCGUUUGUCAAGGCUAUUCCAAUAUGAAACCAUGCAACAGCUUCUGUUUAAAUGUGAUGAAAGGCUGCCUCGCUUACCAUAUUGAACUUCAGGACCAUUGGAACAAAUUCAUCGAUGCGCUAAUCUCUUUGGCUGAUCGGUUAUCCGGACCUUUCAAUGUUGAAAGUGUCAUCUUGCCCCUGGACAUCAAUAUCUCGGACGCCAUUAUGAACCUUCAAGAAUCCGGGUUCCAAAUCACUCAACGCGUUUUUGAAGUAUGUCAAACGCCCAGGUUGGUGACCCGUGAUGCCGGUCCCCGCCCUCAAUUCGGUCAUAAUGAAGGUCCACGACAUGUUCAGCUGAGGACUCAUGCUCAAAGAGCUCAGAUCUCGUCGAGAGGGAAAUCCGGCUUUGAUAAACUCAUCGCGGACCUUCGCAAAAUGGUUCGAAAAACUCAAGGCUUCUGGAGUACCCUGCCGUAUCAAAUGUGCAUCUCGGAUCAUUUGAUCCCUCUGGAAGUGGUCCAUGGAAGUGGUGCCAUUAGGAGCGGUAUUAGUUCAUCCAUCAAUGAAACCACGACUUGUUGGAACGGAAACGACAAUUCUCCCUACAAAUCAGCUGUGGUCGAGGACGGUCUGGCCCAGCAGAUCCAUAACCCUGAGGUCGAAAUCAAGUUUGGCGAUGCCAUCAUGAAAGAACAGCUCUUCAAACUUGAGCGUAUAACCAAUCAGCUCCGAUUGGCUCAUCGAGGUCAGGAUGUCCAAUGGUGGGAUGACGGUGGAGCCCGUCACGACGAGGGCUCCAAGCGCGAUCUGAACAAGCAUUUUGAGGGUAGUGGUGAGCGGAUGGAUGACGGAGGAAGUGGCCACUUUGGAAUAGAUGACGAGGAUUUCAUGAUAGAAGAAGGCAGUGGCGCCUGGGAGGCUGGAUCUGGACUGGAUUGCGAUGACGAGGACGGAUGUCGAUGGCGACCAGAAUCGGGUGGGAGACCGUCCAUUACGCCUUCAAGGACCACCACCAGCACCACGACCCGGGUGCCUGAUAUCCAAUUGGUGGAAGACGACGACGAAGACGAGGAAAAGGAGGAGGGCGAGGAGGAUGGAACGCCGCAUGGAGGAAGCCCCACUGCGGGCACCUCCUCGACCUUGAAGGUCAUGAAAGCUGUGAUUGUUUUCCUGCUGCCCACGUUUACUUGCUGGAUCUCGCAAGUCUUCACAGACGCUUGGCUUUGAAUUGGUCAACAAGAGCUUCAUCACUCCCGCCUGGUCCAUCGGUUCCAUUCGCUUUUCAUCCAAAGACAAAAACAAAAAAUUAUCAAGGCUGUGAUUCUUAUUCUACAAUGACACAACUCCCUUGGGACGGACGUCUCCCGACCUAGAGAUCUAUGUUCCUCAACGACUGUAUGUAGCUGCUUGCUUCUUGUCCCAUGUUAACCCAGUUCCCAAUGAACUUGUUUGUCAUAGUUCCGAUCUCUUUUGGCCCACGCUCUCCGAACCAGUUCGCGCUGCAUCCACAUCAUUCAUUCAGUCUUCAAGAAACCAUUCAAAAAUACAUGGCGUGCUCGGAACUAUUAAUUAAUCAAAGCCAACGCCAACGCCAAUUUGUCAGCCGUUAUUCAAUGUCGUGAUUGCUAUGAACAUUGUCCUUGGUGGAAGAGUUUCACUAUAACUCUAAGAAUAAAGUGCUUAAAUCGA